UGUGGAAUAAGACACUUAAAGGGAGAUCCGGCGGACUGACGCGUCACUUUCAGAGGACAUUUAUCAUCUUCUUUUCACUGUCUAACAGCUUGGACUUUCAGGAGGAGAAAGCUUUAUAUAUCUUGUGAAUAUAUUUCGCUUUUUUUCUGAAAUAUAACACCCCCAGUGUGGACUUUUUUCAACUCCAAAGUCACCAUGGCAGAGACGUCCACAACUCCAGCCAAAGCCAAAAAGGCAGCAAAGCCCAAGAAGCCUGCAGCUCAUCCUAAAUACUCCGAGAUGAUUAAAGCAGCUAUUGUUAACGACGGCACUCGCGGUGGUGCGUCCAGACAGGCCAUACUGAAGUACGUGAAGAAGAACUACAAGGUGGGCAACAACGCAGACGUGCAGAUUAAACUGGCCCUGAGGAGGUUGGUGGGGAACGGGAUCCUGCGGCACACCAGAGGCAUGGGCGCAUCCGGAUCCUUCAAGCUCAUCGCGGAUGACUCCAAGAAGUCCGUCAGCACCAAAGCGCCGGCACCUGCUGCCAAACCGAGGAAGGCGGUGAAACCCAAAGCCAAGAAGGCAGCUAAGCCCAAGAAGGUGAUCAAGACGCCGGAGAAGCCCAAGAAGGUGACGCCGGUGAAGAAAGCGAAAAGGGUGGUGAAAAAAGCGUCUCCGGUGAAACCGAAAAAGCCACCGGUGAAAAAGACACCGGCGAAGAAAGCGAGCAAGCCAAAACCAGCAAAGAAGGCACUUAAACCCAAGGCAAAGGCGGCCAAAAAGACGAGCAAAGCAGGAAAAAAGAAGUAAAGGACAACAUUAUAAGAGAGUGACUGUAAAUAUGAAAUGUUUUCGUAUAUGUAUUAUUUUUGUAAGGUCUCAUCCAAAACUUAUGCUGUUUUUACACAGUUUUUCUCUCAAUUUGCACUAGAUUGCUGUAGAAUUAAUUUUAUUUGGGGGUUAAUAAUACUGUUCAUUUCUGUCCCAUCCUUUGGAUAACACAAAGUUGCUGAAAUUGCUGAAAAUGGAACAAAUAAAAUAAAAAUGUACAUACAGCCUUUGGAUCCACAAAAAGGCUUAGACUUGCUUGGAGGAAAAGAAAACAAAUUGACAUACAAGUUGAACUUUAUGAAUAGUUAUUGUUAAUGCACGUGGGUCAUACUGAAAAUACACAUGUGACAGUGAUGAUGAGCAUUGUUGAGCCUUUACAAUGUGCAGUGGACGUCAGCAAGGUUUCCCCUAAAAGAGGCUCUGGAGUUGUCAUUCAAAGCUCCAUUCUGUAUAUUCCCCUCCUGUUCAGACGACUCAUUACUAUACCAACAUCCCACUGUGUUCAGUCGCUUUUAAAAGACUGUUUAUACUGCAAUUCAAUAAAACCUUUGUCAUCUUCUACUAAAAAAAAA